AGCAGCAGCUUUGGCUUCUCUCUCCCUUACAAUGAGUCCGGUUCUGGUAUCACUGGGUCUCCCGUGCCUCCUGCUCUUCAUUUUACCCCCAAUGGAUCGGGGAGCAAACGGGCAGCCGGACCUUCCCACUACAAAGAACCACAACUUGGACGAUCAGGUACCAUAUUGCCAGAAACUGUUGGAGAAAGUGUUUGGAGUUGAUGUUAUAAAGGAGGUGCUGGCAGUCAACGCAGCUGCUACUCCAAUGCCAGAAGUCAAAAACUUUGAUCCACAAAUUGGUGUAAAGAAACUUCCAAGUCUGAAAGCAGCCAAAACAGAAGAAGGAAACACACUGGAGUCCAACGGGGAGGCAAACUCAGUCAGUGAGGAAAAUAAUGUGUCGCUGAGCACAGAGCCUACAGUCAAGGGGAAGGAAGAUCCGGAGUGGGGCUUUCUUGAUAGGAAAAAGCCAAAGAAUUACGAACAAAUGGACAUUAAUAAGCUCUUGAUGCCCAACAGUCAUAAACACAAACAUCCCCCAAAAGUGACCACAAAACCCACCCAAAACAAAUUUCCAAAUACUACAACAGCUUCUGCUACCACUACCAGUGCUACUUCCCCCGCACUUCCACCAGUAGAAGAAAGUACAGUAGAAGAAAGUCCUACAUUCACCGAGGCAUUACAGAACCAAGAAACCCCUGAACCGAUUGAGGUUAAUACGCCAAGCCCAGGGGAAGGAUCCGUGAACCAGCAAGCGCAAAAUGCCAGAGGCGUUGCGGAAACUUGUCAGCCAUUACAGGAAGAGUCUCUCUGUUUCAACGACGAACUUCUGCAUAAAAUUGAAGAGAAGAUCAAGGAUAUUGUUAAUCAAGCGCUGAGUGAAAUUAUGAGUGAAGUGUAUGCCUCCGGCCAACGUAGGUGUCCAACCUAAUAGCAACCAUUGGCCUGAGUGGAAGAGAUACAGUACCUACAUAGUAACAUAGUAACAUAGUAAGUUGGGUUGAAAAAAAGACAUACGUCCAUCACGUUCAACCAUAAUGCCUAUAUAUAACCUGCUUGACUGCUAGCUGAUCCAGAUCCAACUACGCAAUGUACAGUAAUUGUAAGCAAGGCGGCCAUAGAUGGAGUAAUUACAAUCCAAAAGGGUCAACAUGUAGAAUAGUGAGGAAACCAUAAGUCUUUCAUAGAAUCCAAAUGAUUUCAAUAAGUGGAACUCAAUAAACAGUAGUAAAGUUUUAUCCAAA